GCAUUAGUAGAUGAGCUUCAAGAAGGCGAUUUUUUGUAUAAGUACAAAUAUGAUAAUACCAGUUCUGUUACUCACUUGUUUUUUGCAUAUAAAGAAUCAACUUGUCUUAUUCAUCAAUACCCUACAGUAAUUCUUAUUGAUUGUAUCUACAAAACAAACAAAUUCAAAAUGCUAUUAUUAAGUAUUGUAGAUAUAACCAGUUUUAAUACAACCUUUUAUACUUGCUUCGUGUUCAUGAAAAGUAAAGAAGAAACAGAUUACAAUUGGGCCCUAACACAUGUUUUAAGAUUGUUUGAUGAAAUAGAGAAGCCUAGCGUCAUUGUGACUGAUAGAGAGUUGGCUCUCAUGAACGCUCUCAGAAUGAUCUUUCCUAAUUCAACAAAUAUACUUUGU